CUCACCUUCAACAAAUCGACCACCACACCGUCGCCGCCCUCCUCCCUCCUACACUCGCACCUACAGCCAUGGUCCGCAAACUAAAACAUCACGAGUCCCGGCUCCUCCGCAAAGUCGACCUCACCACCUACAAGUCCGAUGGACCAUCUCACCGCGAAGCCGCCGUCCGUCGGCGCUACCACCUCACCCACCCACUCGACUAUAGCAAAUACAACGCCCUGGCCGGCCGACUGCGCCAACUCGCGCAUCUCCUCUCCAACCUCGAUCCCAGCGACCCAUACCGCGUCGAAACAGAGACCAUCAUGCUCGAGAAGCUGCACCAAAUCGGCAUCCUGAAACAGAACCGCGGCCAGGGCGCCGGUCUGAGCAGCGUCGAAAAGGAUGUCACCGUCUCCGCGUUCUGUCGCCGCAGACUAGGUGUACUCAUGGUGCGGAUAGGCAUGGUCGAACACAUCAGCACCGCCCACAAGUUCAUUGAGCAGGGGCACGUUCGUGUCGGCACCGAAGUCGUGACGGACCCGGCGUUUCUGGUAUCACGGGGCAUGGAAGAUUUUGUGACGUGGGUCGACGCGAGUAAAGUCAAGAGACAGGUCCUUCAGUAUCGGGAGAAGUUGGAUGAUUUUGAUUUGCUGUGAGGCGAGGAAAACGUGCUUUUAUGAGGUGGACAAGUAGGACGAAACGAACAACGGAUAUCAUCCACUAUGCCAGAAAGCCACAUGCCACUAUGCGGAAAAAUAUCACCCAAAGGCUCUUCUUCGUGCGAUUGCGCAGCCUAUCCGAAUCGAAAUCCGUUACCGAGAUGCAGAAUGGCAUUGAGCACGACAGGGCCUGCAUUGCGUCCACGGACGACCGUUCACGGACAGACGAUGACAGGUCGAGCCCGCACAGCUUGGUAGUUCAAGCAGGCCUCCAAUCCUAGGUCGGCUCUAUGUAGCCACAGUGCUGUUGUCUCCUAUACACUUACUGGAGCCGAAAUACAACCCAGCUCAGGACCCUCCUGACCUGGAAGCCUGAGAUGUCAUGAAACGAAGAGAAGAAUUUGUGGCCUGUUCAGCACGGUUAAAUGUAUCCCAUUGGUCGCGACGCAGGCAAGACUUGGGCAAUCAUACGAAGGACGCGAGCAUACCAAAUUAUUGAUUUCCAGGCGCUUCACCAGCUCGAACCCCUCGGAGUUUUGAAAAUUACAUGGAGAGGGCUCCUCGAUGCCGGCGGCGAACCAGGUGCCUGAGCGUGGAGGCCUUUCAACCGAGCAGAGUACUUUGCCAGUCUCAGAGAUCUUCUGUAGUAUUCAAACCCCGAGAAAUCGACGAAUGCGAGAUACUCC